AUGGUCCAAGACACCAACGUUAACCGUGACUCCGUCGCUGUUAUGACACCUUACUUCCCCAAUGGUAAUGAUAAGGGCUCUGGCUAUCCUUGGGCGGAUGGUCAGAAAGCGGGCCGUGGGUCCACUUCGAAUGCAUUGGUCUGGUCUGGUUCGCAAUGGUCUGCUGGCGCCAACAACCAAUACCCUCACAACAGCCGAAACACAUCAAGCUACUACAUUCUUGAUGAACUGGUCCGUUAUUUCGACGACAAGACGCUCUUCCCCAACAUGAAGCAGAUUGUCCUUGCUGGACACUCACUGGGCGGCCAAAUGUUGCAGCGCUACGCCGCUGUCGGUGACAAACUUGAAACUGAGUCGCCUGUUGUCCUGUGGGUUGCCAAUGGAGAUUCUUGGGCGUGGCUCAGCGAUUACCGCCCUCUGAACGUUCCGGAUUGCCCCACAUACAACGACUACCGUGAAGGCUUCGCCAAUUUCGUCGAGUACGGCAUGACUUAUGGUGCCAACUUGGUCGCACAGGGUCUUGACGCUAUCAAGGCAAACUUUGACAGCAAGCAGAUUGCCUGGGCCCGCGCUCUGCAAGACUUUGGUGACCACUCUUCGAGCUGUGCACCCGAUACUACUGGUCAGGACAGAAACGAACGGUUCUUCUUCUUCAUGAAGUGGUUCCAGCCUAGCUGCCCCGACCCUUCUGGCACCAACUGCGAUACUGUGGAUCUGGUUGACGCCCCUCACGACAACGGUCAAAUGUUCCACUCUGCAGCAGGUCUUGCCCGUCUUUUCACAGACAACUUCUACGGCGACAAAAGCCGUGCCUACGACUUUGGUUACCCUCGCAAGCAGCAGGGUGAUGAUCCUUUCCCAGAUCCUAGCCUGGUCAACACUCCUGGAGCGACCAACUAUAACACUUAUGCCGGUGGUCUGACUUACCAGGGCUGCUGGACCGACCAGGCUCCUACCACAGCACAGGCACUCUCGACUCUUCUGUAUGAUGAUUCAAGCAACACAAUCGAGACAUGCACAUCCGGCUGUGUGAAUGCUGGCUACAAGGUCGCUGGAAUGUCGGAUGCCACCAAGUGCUGGUGUGGUAAUGAGGUGAGCUCAGCAUCUGCUAUCCUCACUGUCGACAUGCAGUGCAAGUCUCCAUGCCCUGGAAACACUGCUGAGAUCUGUGGUGGUCUUCGCCGCCUUUCUCUCUUCUCCGCAGGAUAUCCCUCUUUUGUAUAA